CCGCUUCCGCUCGCGGGGUUUCCGCUGCCGGGAGCGGGGCGAUGGCGGCGGGCGGCGCCGACCCGCGUACGGCCGACGUGGAGGAGGACGCCUCGCAGCUCGUCUUCCCCAAGGAAUUUGAAACUGCGGAAACUCUUCUAAAUUCGGAAGUGCAUAUGCUUCUUGAGCAUCGUAAGCAACAGAAUGAGAGUGCAGAAGAUGAGCAGGAGCUUUCUGAAGUCUUCAUGAAAACUUUGAAUUACACAGCGCGCUUCAGCCGCUUCAAAAACCGUGAAACCAUUGCCAGUGUUCGUAGUUUGCUGCUCCAGAAAAAGCUCCAUAAAUUUGAAUUGGCAUGUUUGGCUAACUUGUGUCCUGAGACAGCUGAGGAAGCCAAAGCUUUGAUUCCUAGCCUGGAGGGCCGAUUUGAAGAUGAGGAAUUACAGCAGAUUCUUGAUGACAUUCAGACUAAACGCAGCUUCCAGUACUAAGGUUAACCCUCAACUCUUCCGUAUAAGGCAGAAAAAUCUGAGAGCUUUGAUUGUUUCUCAGCCCUCUGUACCAAUCCAGCUCCCCGUCUGAGUAAGGGAGUUGUGGAUAAAGGGUACUCCAGCAUUGGCACGUGCAGGUGUUCCCGAACUGGGGAUGAGUUUAGUCCUCUUGGUUUGUUCCAUGUGUGUUUGGUUAAGGACUCCUGUAUUGUGAGGGCCAAAGAAUCUGAAAAGUCUUAGUGGCUCAAGUAUUUGUUUCUUGUAUGCCCUUCUCCCUGAUUUGGGAUUGUUCUACGUGUUUCUGCUUUUUAGCAGAAAUGUAGAUUUUUUUAUUUUUUUUUUGUGAACUUCCAAAAGAGAUGGGAACACUGCUUCUUGACUCAUGAGACCUGACUCUUGGAAGAUGGAGGGACGGGCAGAGUCUGUUUCUGUCUUUUUUAAUCGUUCGAUCGGGAUAGUGGAAUUUUACAGCUUCUGUAACUUUGUAUUGCUGUUUAGUGUAAAUUAAAAGACAUUUCUAAUUAA